UUGCGAGAUACUUAUCUUUCCUUCUCUGUGAUCCAUUUUGCGUUCCAGGAACCGAUUCGAGAGACUGAGGAUCACAUAGAUUCCAUCUGGGGUAGUUCGUCAACCUCACAGAAUACUCGAAAUUUCACUUGGUCUUCGCGAAUCAAAUUGGACGAUGAAGUGGAAAAUGCCUGGAUGAUGAAGGUGUUUGCAACAACCAAUGAAACAGAUAAAAAUGAGACUGUUGUGUCGAACAUUCUGUACGACAAAUCUGAGAUAUGUAAUGUCGGGGAUGAAACCAAAAAUCUACUGCACGCAGCCGAUCAGUCGAUUAGCCCAUCCUCUUGGCCUCAUCACAUGCAUCUAUCUCCGCAAGACGGUUGUCAUAUAUGCCAAAUUCCGGUAGAAUCAUUUACCCUGGCACCAGAAAAUGCUCCAUCUAAUGUUACCCCUUACUUUCCAACACAGGUUUCCGUCGCCAGCGCUCCACAACCAUCGUUUACAAAACCAUCGACUAAUUUCUCCGAUCGAAGGCACACGGGUGGCAAAACCAUUUCCUCCAUCCCCGUUCAAUCAACGAAACGUGUGGACAGUUCUGAUGCGGUUGAGGACCAUGCUGUUCAGAGCUCGCACGUUUCGCUUCGUCCUUCGGAACUGAGCGCAGUCUCAACUGCCAAGGAAUCCGCUCUGUUGCCCAUCAUACAAACAGAACCCGUGUCUACCAUAUUGGCCUCGUGCAAGACAGCGGAUGAGGUACCAUCAUUUCAACCCCCAUCCAGUGGUAUUGGGGAAUGCACUCAAAUUCAAGCAUCGACUACAGCACCAAUCCAGUCGUUUGUGCAAAACGUUGCAACCGAGUUGAGUACUGCUCCGUCGAUCGAACGUUCUCACGUUUCUCUUCGUCCAUCGGAGCCCCAAACGGUGACAUCGGGGCAUGCGGAUACGUCAGAACAGCCAGCGCCACCACAAUGCGGGAUCGUGGCAGUCACUGAAUCCAAACGUCUGCAACCGUUAUUUCGAUGUAGCAGUUGUGGUCACUCCUUCCUAACAAUACCAACUGCUGGGGCAACCGAAUCUAUCCGAUCAGCUGUCGAAUCUGAAGUGGAGAAAGAUUUCUCUGUUCAAAGCUCGCAAGUGUCUCUUCGGCCCGUGAAUCUGUUCUCUGUUGCAUCUGCUAUUACGGACUCGACCGCGAGAAUGAGAAACAUUCAAGCGUUACCUUAUCAAACGGGUCUUCUUCAUCUGGAUACAGUGGAAGGUUCAACGGCUUUUCAGGUAUUCCCCACCCAAGUUGUCAUUAUAUCUGCAAUGGAAUACAGAUGA